AUGGCAAACAACAGCGGCUCCAAAGCCGAACUCGUUGUGGGAGGGAAAUACAAACUGGUGCGGAAGAUCGGGUCUGGCUCCUUUGGAGACGUUUAUCUGGGCAUCACCACCACCAACGGCGAGGAAGUAGCAGUGAAGCUGGAAUCUCAGAAAGUCAAGCACCCCCAGUUGCUGUAUGAGAGCAAACUCUACACGAUUCUUCAAGGUGGGGUUGGCAUCCCCCACAUGCACUGGUAUGGUCAGGAAAAAGACAACAAUGUGCUAGUCAUGGACCUUCUGGGACCCAGCCUCGAAGACCUCUUUAAUUUCUGUUCAAGAAGGUUCACCAUGAAAACUGUACUUAUGUUAGCCGACCAGAUGAUCAGCAGAAUUGAAUACGUGCAUACAAAGAAUUUUCUACACCGAGACAUUAAACCAGAUAACUUCCUGAUGGGUACUGGGCGUCACUGUAAUAAGUUGUUCCUUAUUGAUUUUGGUUUGGCCAAAAAGUACAGAGACAACAGGACCAGGCAACACAUACCGUACAGAGAAGAUAAACACCUCAUUGGCACUGUCCGAUAUGCCAGCAUCAAUGCACAUCUUGGUAUUGAGCAGAGCCGCCGAGAUGACAUGGAAUCCUUAGGCUACGUUUUCAUGUAUUUUAAUAGAACCAGCCUGCCGUGGCAAGGACUAAGGGCUAUGACAAAAAAACAAAAAUAUGAAAAGAUUAGUGAGAAGAAGGUGUCCACCCCUGUUGAAGUUUUAUGUAAGGGGUUUCCUGCAGAAUUCGCCAUGUACUUGAACUACUGUCGUGGGCUGCGCUUUGAGGAAGUCCCAGAUUACAUGUAUCUGAGGCAGCUAUUCCGCAUUCUUUUCAGGACCCUGAACCACCAAUAUGACUACACAUUUGAUUGGACGAUGUUAAAGCAGAAAGCAGCACAGCAGGCAGCUUCUUCCAGUGGGCAGGGUCAGCAGGCCCAAACCCAGACAGGCAAGCAAACUGAAAAAAACAAGAAUAAUGUGAAAGAUAACUAAGCGUGAAUGAGGAACAGAAGAAGCAGAGCAGAUGAUUCGAGCAGCAUUUGUUUCUCCCCACAUCUAGAAAUUGUAGUUCAUAUGUACACCAGCUAGUGGCUGUGGACAACCAUUUAGUUGGUGUAAAAAACUUUAUUUCAAUAUAAACUGACUCUGGGGAGCGUUGGUGAUGCUGUAUCCCAAAGUGUAGCUGCUGUAAUUGUGAAUAUUAACUGAGGUAGUGAAACGUG